AUGCCCAGAAUAUUACCUCCAAGACAUUUGUAUUUCACACCAAAAACACCUUUCACCGUCUCUAAAGCUCGCUUCCAAUCUUCCCUUCAGGCGAAUGACAGGCCGUACGAUGAGCAGGAGCGACAGGCUGCACUCAUUCAAAACACAUUGUCGAGGAAAGCAAGCCAGAUCAAUCCGCAAGUCAAAACCGAUGAUGUGAUCUGCUCGCCUCCUCGAAGAAAACCACAGCCUACACAAAGUCCACACCGCUCAACUGGCGCCGAUCAGCAGCACGUACAUCAGACACACAACGACGUUGCUCAGCCAGCUUCGGCUCACGGUCGCCUCCUCAAUUCAAAUCAGAUGCGACGGCAGAGGAAAACUAGUCCAGUCCCUGUUGUGCCGCUCGUUCGUCGAGCCCGCCGUGGGGAUCAUCAAGAGGCGAGAAAUGUCUUGAAAGAUGAAGCCUACAUAAGAUCCACCAUGCAUGUACCGACUUCUGGCGAUUAUCCGGACGUGUCUAUCGAAUUAUUCAAAUUACCAAAGCAACAUCUCCACAACAUGACUCGUGGUUUAGCAGAUAUUAACACAAAUCUUAUAUCAUUGAGCGGUGAUUCUUUCAGAUGUACGUUGACUUAUGAUUCACCCGUUCGUAAGGAAGUUGUCGAGGGCGAAGGCCGAAGCAAAAGAUCAGCUGAGGAUGCAGCUUAUCUUCAUUUUCUCGCAAAGUGCCAUAGUCUCGGUGUGCUGAUGGAGGUUGUUAAUCGGGAAUCGGAGUUUAAUCAAAGAAACCGGAUAACCAGGCAACAAGCAAAGCAGCAAGAAAAGGAUGCUAUUGUAGACAUCUUCGACUAUGCUGCUAGAUUUAAUCUAAUUCCAGAAAUUCACACUCGACCUGUGACUCGCAAACAAAGCGGACGACCACGCGCGUCAAUUGAGGCUAUCAUUACCUUGAAAGAGCAGAAUAUAUCUGUCUCAGGAUUUGGCACCCAGCCUCCGUACGCCGAGGCAGAUGCUGCAAUUAGAUUCAAGAAAGAAGCUGAAAGAUUCCAAGCCAAAGAAGGAAAGGACGCACUAAUAAUCAAGGACUCAUCAGCGCUGACCACAGAGAAUGCGGGGAAGUUUAUCGAGUUCUUGAGGAUCGUACGACCUGGAAUUCGUAUCGAAGUAGAGUCAGAGGCUCACGGGAGAUCAAUUCGGGCCUGGGUCAUUGUGAAUGGGGAUCGAAUUUCGCGGGAAGUCCUAAUGUCGUCAAAGAAAAAGGCCGAGGCCGUAGCUCUUCUUCUGGCAUGUAUAACGCUGAAGACAGAAGAUCAGGAUUUGUGGCCUCGUUACCUCCGCGCUCUGCAACAUGGGAAUGGCCAAAUACUACCUCCUGUGGCACCUCUGGACAUGUUCGUCGAUGAAGAUUGCUCGCUUGUGAUGCGAGAGACCCUUCUAGGAGCACGCAGCCGAGGGCUCCCAGAUGAAGUCUUGACUCUAGCACCUAUGUCUGAAAAUUCAGCGAUCACAGAAUUCGGAAGAAUCUCAUCUCGUGAUCGGAUUCAGCGCUCACAAAUAUUAUAUCAAUGGUCUUUGGCUUACGCAAAUGACGAGAGAUUCGUAGACUUUCGAAGUAAAAAGGCAGAAAUGCCUAUGAACCAAUAUAAAGAGGAGGUACUGAGGCAAGUCAACGAAAACGAGUAUAGUAUAAUUGUUGGCGCUACCGGUAGCGGAAAGACAACACAAGUCCCCCAGAUACUGCUCGAGAAUAUGAUCGCAGAGGGCAAUGGAGGAUAUUGUAACAUAAUUUGUACUCAGCCUCGCCGGAUUGCGGCAACCUCCGUAGCUCGUCGUGUGGCAGCAGAGCGUGGAGAAGGCUUAGAGGAAACUGUCGGCUACAAGGUUCGCUUUGAUGCGAAGUUGAGUCGAAGAAGUGGCAGCAUCAAUUACUGCACAACAGGGAUUCUGCUUCGACAAUUACAGCACGCUGCUGACAAAACCAUGGACGAUGUGUCACAUCUAGUGAUUGACGAAGUUCAUGAACGAAGCACGGAGAUCGAUUUCUUGCUAAUCCUUCUGAAGAAGAACAUGACCAGACGUAAGCUCUUGGGCAAAUCGAAUCCUCGAGUGAUAUUAAUGAGUGCCACAAUGGAUACGGAUCUCUUUGCUAAUUACUUCGAAACCCGAAAUGUCGCAGGUGAUCCUGUCUCAUGUCCAUCGUUGAGUGUGCCAGGGAGAACGUUUCCCGUCAGAGAGAGGUAUAUUGACGAAAUCUUGGAAGAAAUGUCUACGUCAAAAACCUCUCUGCAUACUCUUCGUGCUGACCCGAAGACGGAAAUUUAUCUAGAUGCCGAGCAGAGGUUCUCCCAGAAGCACGGGCGUGCUCCCGGCAACCAAGACAAUGGCGAAGAUAGAUCUGUCAUAGAUUGGAAACGUGAACGGAAAUACUCGGCCAGCGGCGAAGAGCAAUAUUCUAAUAGUAAAGAAGAUGUCAUUGUACCUUUCGGUCUCAUAGCAGCUACCGUUGCACACAUCGCGAAGACUACCGAUCAAGGCGCCAUAUUAGUCUUUUUGCCGGGCCUCGAGGAAAUUAGACAAGUAAAAAAAGAUUUAGGACGGGAAGACUUGGGUGUGGAUUUUACGAACACUUCGCUAUUCCAAGUGUAUAUGCUGCACUCGUCGAUCACAACCUCGCAGCAGACAGUGUUCGACCCUGUACCACAAGGGUGCAGAAAAAUUGUUCUGUCAACUAACAUUGCGGAGACAUCUGUGACUAUCUCAGAUGUACAACACGUCGUGGAUUCCGGCAAGCUACGGGAGAAGCAAUACGACCAAGGUCGACGUAUCACGAUGCUGGCCUGCACCUGGAUCAGCAAGUCUAAUUCAAGGCAAAGGGCCGGACGUGCAGGGCGUGUUCAAGAUGGCAACUAUUAUGCUCUAUUUUCAAAAGCACGCUAUGAGUCUUUCAGUGCCAUAGGCUUACCAGAGUUGUUGAGAUCAGAUCUACAGAAGACUUGUCUCGACAUCAAAGCGUACGCUUUUCAAACACCCAUUCGUGAUUUCUUAGCGGACGCCAUCGAGCCCCCAGCACCUCGGAAUGUUGAUGCCUCAGUCUUCAAUCUCCAAGCGCUAGAUGCUCUCACGGAAAGAGAAGACAUCACGCCUCUAGGUCGUCUGCUAUCAUCUUUACCUGUUGAUCCAAGCCUAGGAAAAAUGAUUGUUCUCGGCAUCAUCUUUCGGUGUCUCGAUCCGAUGCUUGUACUUGGCGCUGCCAGCACCGAGCGCCCCAUUUUCAUCAAUCCACUCGAGGCCCGAAUAGAAGCCCAUCGUAGCAAAAUAUCUUUCGUCCAAGGUUCAGCAUCUGACCAUAUUGCGCUCCUGAACGCUGUGCGCCAGCUUCGACAGUGGCGCGCCCAUCAUGGCGAGGUUGGAAUGCGCCAAAUGGCAGAGCGGCAUUUCCUGCAUGCCAACGCGUUUCGAAGCAUAGACUCCACAGCUCAGCAAAUCGAGGAAAUACUUGUAGAAGCAGGGAUGAUACCUAAUACUUCCGCUAGUCGCCGUGUUGAUUUACAGUUCGGAGAUCCUGCUCUGAAUGAGAACAGUCACAAGGUUCCACUUAUCAAAGCUCUUGUGCUCGCCGGGCUACACCCCAAUCUUGCGGUUUGUGCCCGUGGUGGCCGUCUUUUCCGCACACCGGGCGAGAAAGAUGUUCUCGUCCAUCCUUCCAGUACAAAUGACCUUAAAGAUGACGACAGAAGCAAAGCACGUCUACCUCAUUCGCAACGGCCAGGGGUGGCGGCUGGCACUCUCUACUCUUACACAUCUCUCACCAAGUCCAAUGACGGUAACACCCUUUUUCUUCGAGAUACUACAAGAUCGACGCCAUUGCAGGCCUGCCUCUUCGGUGGAAAGCUCCAGCGCAAUGAGGACCGCAGCAACAUUGUCGAAAUAGACAGCUGGUUACCUUUUUACAUUGCUUCUCCAGAUAGACGUACAGCGAAGACUCUAAUCGAGUUCAGGAAAGGGCUCGAGCGCCUGCUAGCAACGACUUUCAAUGAGCUAGGAGUGUUGGUGGAGCACAGGCAAAACGGCGAUCACACGCGCUUCCUUGCAGAUGACGUCGUUAGAGAGAUGUUUGCAGCCGGCUUAGUGGAGGUCCUUGACCGUGAUGUGACUCCAGGUGAGAAAAUUAGGCGGAGAGGCUGGGCAGCUACAAGGCAAGUUGACCACUUUCCGCCGGAAAUUGAACGUCAGGGUGGUCGGAGAACCGCCACUCGUCCACGACUAUAA